CCCGAAACGUUUUCGCGGUCGGAACAUAGCAACUCAACACGUUUCAGGGUGGAACUGUUAUUGGGAAGGACCGAUGAGACAAACAAGCACAGCCGACAGUUCACACUCAAGUUUUGCUCAAAACAACCGACCGUUCUUCAAGUUUGGAAUACAAAUGUUGUCGUCUAGAUCUUCGCCACUUUAGUCUUCAUUUUGGGGCUGCGUUGCUGAAAUGUCGUGCGUUUUGGUUAGUUCAUCUGGGGCUCAAAUCCUUCUGGAGGAUGGACGAGCCGUGUUGUUGGGUCGUGGACCCGAUACCGGAGUCGUCGACAAAAAGUGCUCAAGACACCAAGUGAAGGUGGUGGCUUGCUUUGCAGACCAGGAUGUGGUUGUCACUCAGUUGGGUCCCAAUCCCAGUUUCCUGGAGAGUGAGAAGCUUAGCCGUGGCCAUUCUGGUAAACUCAGUCAUGGUGACACCCUCUACCUGGUCAACCAUGAAUACCCAUUCAAAGUGUGCUUCAACUCGAGCUCUGCUGGACCUUCUUUCAUUACGGUACAAGGAAAGCUCAACAAUUCGAACAAAACAAAAAGUGGUAAGAAUGGGAAUGAACAAAGUUCACCGUGGAGUCCACCUAAGCGCAGUAUAAAGGAUUUCUUUCCUACCUCUCCCAUGAAGUCAUCAAAAAGGCCGCUUAGCCCAGAGAAAGGGCAUCCUGAUGCGAAGCGCCAAAGAGGAAAUGAGGCCUCGGGUGAAUGGGAUAGAGAGGAGGUGAGCGAAGAUGAGAAUGAGAAACGAGCAGAAGAAAAGCUCAGGCAGCUCCAGGAGUUGGCAGAGUCAGCCAUGAAUGAGAAACGGAACAGGAGCCCAGCAGAAACCGGAGCCCAACCUACAAUUUCUUCUUCCUCGGCCUGUGUAAAGAGCACUUGGCAGCAAAUUGGCAACCUCAUUCUUUACACUGCAGCAGGUGUCAGAGGGAGUGACAAGAUUGCUGGGUUUGACAUUGAUGGCUGCAUUAUCACCACUAAAUCAGGCAAAGUCUUUCCCACAGCACCGGAUGACUGGAAGAUACUCUACCCUGAAAUUCCGCCUCGGCUGGCCAGCUUAACCAAGAAAGGAUACAAGGUGGUGUUUUUCACCAAUCAGAUGGGGAUCGCCAGAGGAAAACUGAGACCAGAAGUCUUCAAGUCGAAAGUGGAGGACAUCCUCGCCACACUGGAGCUGCCUGUGCAGGUGUUUGUUGCAGCUGGUCCAGGAAUCUACAGGAAGCCAGCAGUGGGAAUGUGGAAUCACCUGUGUGAAAAGGCAAAUGAUGGCGUUCCUGUGGACAAGACACAAAGUUUUUAUGUUGGAGAUGCUGCAGGUAGACCUGAGAACUGGGCUCCAGGGAAGAAGAAGAAGGACUUCUCCUGCAGUGACCGACUGUUUUCCCUGAAUCUUAGUCUGCAGUUUCACACUCCAGAGGAGUACUUCCUGGGCUGGAAGAGCGCCCCUUAUAGUCUACCACAAUUUGACCCUAGAAAACUGGACUCCAGCAUCAGGCUAUAUGACCCGCCGUCUGCGUCUCUCACCUCGAGCACGACAGAAGUCAUUGUGGCUGUGGGUUUCCCUGCAUCGGGCAAGUCCACAUUCUUCCACACCCAUAUCAUCCCAAAGGGUUAUGCGUACAUCAACAGGGACACGCUUGGUUCGUGGCAGAACUGUGUGGCAGCAUGUAAGCGUGCUCUGCAGGAGGGCCGCAGCGUCGCCGUAGACAACACCAACCCAGACCCCGAGUCUCGCAAACGUUACGUGGAUGUGGCCAAGGCCGCAGGUGUAUCCUGUCGCUGUUUUCACUUCUCAGCCACUCUGGAACAAGCCAAACACAACAAUAGAUUCCGCGAGAUGGCGCCCUCAGACAGCAAACAUGACAAAGUCAGUGACAUUGUUUUCCAAAGCUAUAAGAAACACUUCGUGGCACCUGCUCUCUCUGAGGGAUUCUCCGAGAUCCUCAGCAUCCACUUUGUCCCUGACUUUAAAGACAGCCAAUCAGAAAUCUUAUUCCGACAAUUCUCUGAAGGCUGAUGGUCACAAACACAUUUAUGAACAACGAAAGAAUCGGAUUCUAAACGGCUAAGAUGUGAGUGGUGGGAUUGUGCCAGAAAGCAAGACACAAAGAAAAAAUGGCAAGGUUGAUUAAAGCAGAGUGUGCGGAAUGAACAGCUUCAUAUUGCAGUGCAUUAUUUGUUUGAUAAAAUACAUGUCUUACAACCUGACUGUAAGAGCUUUGCUGUCAUACUUUGACAAUAAGUACAGUAGGGCUGCAAUUAUUCUCUUAACAAUCAAUGAAUCUGUCAAUUUAAUUUUUUUUUUCAAUUAAUCGCUCGUAUGGGUUAACCGGACAGCUCUUUUCAUAUCUUGCUGGGUAAUUGGCAAGUACGGAUUUUGUUACCGUGAUGCCCGUUGUACAAAAUGUGGCUUCCGGCUUCUUUAAAUGUAUGCAAUGUUUGUUUCAUUUGGAUUAAAUGUAUGCAUUGUUGAA